AUAUAAAAGUCAUUCAAAUGUGAUGAGAAUUACUUUGUCAGUAUUUCCCUGCUCGUCAUUGAUUGACUUUUGGGUUGCGCAGUCUAGACGUGUUGAUGAACAGCGAAAACGCGUCUAAUCCUCAGGAAGUUAAUAAAACUAAGAAUCAUGUUCCUACACUGAUGCUGACUGACGAAAAUUCAGGUGAAGCGUGUAAGAUCACUGUAAAAGAUGAAAAAGGAGAUGAAGUGGAUGUAAGAUAUGAUUCAGAAAAACAACAAGCACGUGGUGGUUGGAAUGGGAAACUGGAAUUCGUUAUGACGUGUAUUGGUUAUGCUGUAGGUCUUGGAAAUGUAUGGCGUUUUCCGUAUUUAUGUCAUAAAAACGGUGGAGGUUAGUUAUCUUCUGUCAUAAACAAAUAAAUCUUUUACCUAAGUAAAUUUUGUACUGAUCUCAUGAUUCUGAGAGUGUUUAGUGGAUAGGAUUAGGGAAAAGAUGAUGUGCGGGCUUUAUGCUGUCCAAUAAUCGAAUAGUUACUUAGCAGCAUGUUCAUCUUUAAAUGUUUUGUAUGAUGAUUAGUAAUCAAAAGUUACCUAUCGAUAGUUAGCUUGGAUUUUACGACAUGCCUAUUAUCGCUUGAUGUUUACUUAUUUUCAAAUUAUAUGUUUAUGAAUAUGCUAUAAAUUUUGGUCGGUCUUCAAAUCCUGGAUUUUGUAGCGGCCUCAUUUCAUGCAACCUCGAACAUUUUAUCGAACCCUUGUUAGCUGUGCAUUUUUGGGUUCUUAUUAGUCCAAGGAUUGACUGGAACUUUACAAACAUUUCGUUUUAAUAUAGCUGGUCGCUGCAAAGUGCAUGAAACAAAAUCUUUAUCGACGUAAUUAGCUUAUUUUAGGUGCAUCGACUUUCAUGAUCUUGUCUCGUUUCCGUACAAAAGUUGAUUUCGACCAUUCUAUUUUGGUCACUUUUUAGUAGUGGGAUGAUUUUUAUCAAAAUCAUGUGAUGUAUUAGUGCAACAGAUUAAACUAGAUGAUCGCUGUUCAUUUGUAUUAUUAUGGGUUUGUUAUUCAUCACGAUCGGUUUCUAAUCUAAUACGCGAAUUCCAUGUUCAAAUCUCUUGAACAGGAGUUGGCCUAUCGCCUUAAUAUUUUACCGUAUUCGUUAUGUGUCUAGCAAUGGGAUCCAGGACGUGCGCUUCAUCAUAUUUUUGGCUCCAGAAAUUACAAACUUACUAUUACUAUUACACUCGCCGAGCUAGUUAGUAUCUAGGUCCACUCAGGAGAUAAUUCUUUAAAGCGAAAGGAACUGGACUUGAGUCACAAUAUGAACGUGAAUACUGAAAUUCGCUUACUGAAUUAAAUUACUGGGCAUAUUUCAAACAAUGGGAAUAUGUGAUUUGCAAUUAGUCUUUACUCUGUACGGUAAAUGUUUAAUUUUUUUAUUUAUUGUAGUGUAUAUAUGAACCAUCAGGCUUAGAAAUCCUUUGAUAUCAAUCUUUGAGAUGUGUGCUAUGUAGGCAAAUAAUUUAAUAGUUAAUAUAAGUCAUACAUUUGUUCAUAAUUAUUUAUAUAUUGACUGCACUUUACAUCCAUGUUGUAUUGUAGUGAACAAGAACAUGGGUGUAGACAACGGAAUUACAGAGCAUCUCACUAAAAUCUGAGAACCAUAUGGUAAAUAGUUAAUUUGUAAAAUAUAAAUCCACCAUUUCAAACUUCACUGUUCCUUUAGCGAAUAUCGGUCUAUUGCCUCAGAUUUCAUUGUUCAUGCAUUUUCAUACCAAUUGCGUUUCAUUCUCAUUCUUUCUUUAUCGAUCCUCUACUGAAAUACAUUCUAUGCCUGACCACUGUUAUAUACUACUUAUGUGGAUGUAAGUAACCCACACCACGGUAUAACAUUACAUUAAACUUACGUGUUUCAUCAUACUUUUAGUUACUGUACACACGACAGUUAUAUAUUUCUUUAUCGUUCUAUUUAUUGUAAUUAUUGGUUGAUAUACUGUUUUCAUUUUGUAGGAAUUACAACUAAAUUUAAGCCCAAAAAUAUUUAGUCAGUAAAUCAAUUAUCUUUUUAUACAAGCUUCAUUCAAAAGUGACGGUUACUUUUUAUUUAUUAAACUCGUACUCACAAUAUACGGUCAAGAUGAUGAUUUAAAUUAUAAGACUUCUUCGUGUUAUAUGCAAGUCAGUAAGCAUUUUUAUAUGAACUCGUAAAUAAUCUGGGGAAAUUCAUCUAUUUCAGUUUAUUUCUAAAUAAUGGAAUCAGUUCCAUUUCAUUUUUAUUCCAUUAAAGGAAAUUUUGUAGUAUUCACGUCAUUUUUUAAGUUUCAUUUAGAAAUUUUAGCCUGAGAAAUUACACCUUUCGUUCAUGUUCCAUGUUAUCAAUUCAUCAUUUUACAACAGUUUUAUCGAAUUCAUUUAUGAUGGUUUUAUCAUUCAGUAUGGAUUGAUUACAUCAGUUUGGUUUAACAAAAGAUACAGAAUUCUCAGUGAUAAUUCAAUUUAUUUUUUUUAAAAUUUAUAUAAUUUUAAUGGUAGGUGCAUUUCUCAUCCCCUAUUGUUUGAUGUUGAUAUUACUUGGGCUUCCGUUAUUUUUUCUUGAAUUCGCAUUUGGUCAAUUUGCAAGUUUGGGUCCUAUAUCAGUUUGGAAUAUUAGUCCAUUAUUUAAAGGCAUUGGUUAUGCAAUGGUCAUUUUAUCAUGGAUACUUGUUGUAUACUAUCAAAUUGUUGUAGCGCAUUGUUUGUACUUUUUAUGCGCUAGUUUUACAAGCCGAUUACCUUGGACAGAUUGCGAUCCGUCUUGGAGUAGUCCGAAUUGUAUGGAUGCAUCUCGUGCUAACUUUACGAAUAUUACAAAUCCUAAAGCUCCAUCAGAAGAUUACUACUUUAAUGAAGUACUUAAAUUAAGCUCUGGUCUUGAAGAAUUCGGUACACCAAGUUGGUCAUUAACAUUAUGUUUAUUGACUUGUUGGAUAAUUUGUGCAUUAGCUGUUAUCAAAGGUGUACAAUCACUUGGUAAAGUGUCUUAUUUUACAGGCAUAUUUCCAUAUAUAAUGUUAACCAUUCUCUUAAUACGAAGUGUACUUCUUCCAGGUGCCAAAGAUGGUGUACUAUAUUAUUUGACACCUGAUUUCUCACGUUUAAAAGAUCCACAAGUAUGGGCUGAUGCUGCUACACAAAUUUUUUUCUCUUUGGGCUGUUGCAACGGUGGUUUGAUAACAAUGUCGAGUUAUAAUAAAUUUAAGAAUAACUGUUGUAGGGAUGCUGUAAUAUUCGCUAUCAUCAAUUGUGCAACUUCUGUAUACGCUGGAUUUGUUAUUUUUAGCAAUUUGGGUUUUAUGGCUUUAACAAAGAAUACAACAGUCGCUGCAGUGGCGACAUCCGGUCCUGGACUCGCUUUUGUUGUGUAUCCUGAAGCGAUGACAAAUAUGCCUCUGCCUAGUUUAUGGUCAGUGUUAUUUUUCAUCAUGAUGUUAACACUUGGUCUUGGUUCACAGUUUUCCAUAUUGGAAACAACCCUAUCCGGCACAGAAGAUGAACUGAGACGAUUAGGUGUAGUGUUGACAACAAAACGUAAAAUGUUCUAUCGAAUUGUUAUAUGCUUUGUUGAUUUCUUGCUUGGAUUACCUAUGGUCUGUGCUGGUGGUUAUUAUUUAUUCUCUAUAUGUGAUAGUGUUAUAUCAGGUUAUACACCUUUGGUUAUUGCAUUAUGUGAAACAAUUGUUAUCUGUUAUGUAUAUGGUUUAAAACAAUUUCGACGUGAUAUUGAAAUGAUGAUUGAUGAACGACCAAAUUGGUAUUGGCGUAUUUGUUGGCUUGUAUUCACACCGAUCAUUUGUUUCUUGUUGAUCAUUGCAAUAUUUAUUUAUUCAACAGAAUUUAAAGAAGGCAAUUAUACAUAUCCACAGUGGGCAUUAAUAUUUCGUCAAAUAUUAGCAGCUAUACCUGUAUUAACAAUCAUUGCAUGGUUUUUAUAUAAAUACUGUAAAGAAGGCGGUUAUGUUUUAAUGAAAGAAUUUUUGAAACCUGUUCAUGAAUGGGGACCGGCUGAGAAAGAAUAUCGUACAGAAUUCAUUUCGAUGAUUAAAUCAAAUGAAUCGUUACAUCGUUCGCGUAUUUAUGAUAUUGGUCCUGGUAAUGCAUCUACAACAAUGACUCACGCAAUAUCUAGUAGUCAAAUGAAUUUUAAUUUAGGCGGUUCACUUGUCAGUGGAUUAGCUGUUGCCACUGGGGUAAUGGAUGAUACGAAAUUUUUUCAAAGUAAACUAAAAGUAGCUGAAAAACUUACUGAAGCUCAUACAAAGGAAGUGAUAAAACGAGCUGCUAGUAAUGCAGAUUUUGCUCCAUUAGAUCCUAACCUAGCUUUAACAACCAGUCAAACAGCUUUAGCUGCGGCCAGCUCUGCUGUUAUUCUCAAUACAUUACAGAAACAAAUUCCAGAAAAUUCUGCUCAAACGUUUACUUCUAUAAAAUUACCGGAACAAAUUGAACGUGGUGAUGAUGACGAUGAUGAUGAUGACAAUGUUGAUAUUGUCAGAGUUAAACAAAUAGCACCAUCACAUCAGAAACAUGAUUCAAAUGAUCAUCAUCUUCAAUCAACAACACCACACUCCCUACAACAAAGUCAUUAUCAAGAAGAAAACCAUGAAGUACAUUUCGACAAACUGAAUAAAAUUCAACGUUUGAUUGAUAAAGUUAAAAAUUCUAUUUAAAAUAUUAAAUUGGUUUGAUGAGUUAAAAAGGCGGAUAAACCUGGAGGUUUCGAAAUAAUAAUAAAAAACUAUAAGAUCUUGUUUGUUUGGGAUUCAUUUUCAGCUUUGCAUGAUUUAUAUUUAUAUAUACUGUUUGUAGUAUUAUUGUUAGAAAUACACUUAAAUAUUGAAUCAUAGAAUUCCAAAAUCAAUUCUUGCUCAAAAGAACAUUUGUACACUUUGUUGUAUAUUGUUAUUUACUCUUUAUGUACAAGCAUAUUUUUUAAAUAAAGAUCCUUUAUUUCAUG